UAUAAUAUAGUCAUAGGCUAAGGCUUUCAAAGCUGAAACUAAAGAAAAUCAUGGAUGAGUUUCUUGACAAUAGGCCCAGCUUCUUCAAGAUCAUCUUUGAAGGCCAUACCACUGAAAGCAUGCGAAUCCCACCAAAGUUUGUGAAGCAUUUACCAAUAGAGUUGCCUGAUCAAGCAAUUCUCAAGGGUCCCUCUGGUGAAAAGUGGCAUGUUAAACUAUGCAAGACUGAAGAUGGCAUAUAUUUGAAAGAUGGUUGGCAACAGUUCUUUCGAGAUCACUCCUUGGGGGAUAAUGAGUGGUUGCUUUUCAGAUAUAAUGGAGAUUUGUGUUUCAAUGUGCACAUUUUUGGAAAAAAUGGAUGUGAGAAAGUUGAUGCUUCAUCUACCAAGGCAAAUCAUGAAACUGCCUCCUCCAGUGGUAAAAGGCCACGAGGUAGACCAAGAAAAACCCCUCAUGGUUUAGUUCCCCUUCAUGAUGGCAAAGUCAUUCUAGGUCAACAGUGCAAUUCGAUUGAAACAAAUCGAUCAAAGAUUUGUAAAGUGGCAGAUUCUUUUACCUCUGACUUUCCUUACUUCAAGUGCUGCAUCAAUAAAAGCAGUGUAGUAGAGUUCCUCCAAACAGUCCCCACUAUCUUUGCUAGGAAUCACCUUCCUCAAAGCAGUACGAAGAUCAUCCUACGGAAUUCAGAAGAUAAAUCUUGGGAGAUGAAUUAUAUCAACAAUGGGAAGAAUCAUAAGUUUUCUAGAGGGUGGAAAGACUUUGUCUGUGAUAACAAGCUCAAGGUUGGUGAUAUCUGCAUAUUUGAGCUCGUGGCCAAAAAUGAAAUGUGCGUCCAUAUUUUUCCAGUAGACUAAAAAUUCAGAUUGGAACUUGUUAAAGAGUCUAAUCAAGGUGUUAAUCUAGUAUAGGCUUUAUCGCAGUAGCUUCAUUAUUCUCAGUGGCAGUUAAAUUAGAUCUGCGUUAUCUCUUGUAUAAGCACUUAUUAACAUGGUCAUAUAUUGGUACUUAUAAACUGUUCUUAUUUUUGCUUAAUCUAGUUAAGGCAUUUUAGAGUA